AUGGAUGUGCUGGAGGAUUCGUAUGCCCACAUCAUUGAGGCCCCUGUUGUCGAGGCCCCCAUCAUUGAGGCCCCUGUUGUCGAGGCCCCCAUCACUGAGGCCCCUGUUGUCAAGGCCCCCAUUAUUGAGGCCCACAUCAUUGAGGCCCCUGUUGUCAAGGCCCACUUCAUUGAGGCCCACAUCAUUGAGGCCCCUGUUGUCGAGGCCCACUUCAUUGAGGCCCCUGUUGUCGAGGCCCCCAUCACUGAGGCCCCUGUUGUCGAGGCACCCAUCAUUGAGGCCCACAUCAUUGAGGCCCCUGUUAUCGAGGCCCACAUCAUUGAGGCCCCUGUUGUCGAGGCCCACAUCAUUGAGGCCCCUGUUGUCGAGGCCCACAUCAUUGAGGCCCCUGUUGUCGAGGCCCACAUCAUUGAUCAGGUCCUCCAGGCAGAAGUCCCCAUCAGCAGGGCUAAGAGGGCGAGGCGUGUCUUGGCUCGCAUCUUUCGUGCCAUGUGCUGUGGAUGUUGCCGUGCCACCCACGAUUAGCGGGCCAUCUCUAUUGGCCUGUUUCACUGGCCAAUCACAGGCCUCUCUUUGGUCUUGUUCCUGGACAGCCACUGACUGAAAGUAGGGAAAUA